AUGGCGCCAAUCCGCAGGUAUCUACGGAUUACGAAGUUCUCGGUUCUUGAAUGCCGAAUCUACGUUGAUAAUCCAUCUCUGGCAGAGAGCUGGCUACUCAACCCUCGAAAUCCAAUUCUGCCUCGCGUCAUCGAAAGUGUCAGACCUCUUGUUCUACCCAAGCUCCGCGAAGAGAAUGAACGCAGCAAGGGGAAAGGCAGCAAGAAGAAAGGAGUGAAAGAUGUUGUAGUAGAAGAGGACUUUGAGGUCUCUAUUUUCUUGACUGAGACCAGCACACGCCACUCCCUCCUUACGAAGCAGAAGACCUUUCGAGAACCGAACAAGAAACCCAUACAAUCGAACUCUGCGAAGCUCACAGGAGAUACGGGCGAUGCACCGAUUGAAGUCGAGGAUGGGCCGGUCAUUGCGAGGGAAGAGAGCGACGAGGAGUUGGACCUGCAAGAGGUACCGGAUGCCGACGAUGUCCAGUCCGAAGAUGGCCUCUUCGUACCCGAAGGCAGAUCGAAACGGCCCAGAACUACAACAGCUACCUCUCAAUCUUCCAGCCCAGGGCUCGAGCCCCUGCCAAAACGUAGGAGAGAUGAUCCUCCUAAGGAGGAAACCGAUGACAAGAAGAAAAUGGCGAUGGAUACAACCUACGAUGGCUUCUCGAUCUACGGGCGCGUACUCUGUCUGGUAGUCAAGCGAAAGGACAAGAAAGGCAAAGCCCCGGCGAGUUUGGCAGGAGGACAAGCCACGAUGGAGAAUUGGAUAUCAUCUACACAGAUGCCGCCAGAAGACGACUGA